GAGUGCGCACAAACUUACGAAACAUCGAGAUAAUUACGAAUACGGUAAAUUUAACAGCGCAUUAGUCUUUUAAACAGUUCUAAAGCAUGUUGUUCGUCGUUCAAAAGCAGUCGAUAACAUUAACGUUCUCCAAUUAUCCUCAGUCCGCCGGGCAUUCCUGACAGUCGACGGAAAAAUUCAUCGAUCGCUAUUUUUCAUCACUCUUCGGAUGCGUUCGAGGGGACUGUAUUUAGCGCUACCACGUCAAUCUAUCUUUAUUAUUCUACAUUUACAAGAAGGAUAGAAUGACGCGGUAAAUAGCGUCUCCUCGAAUGCACCUAUCCUCUGAUACUGCGUAAUUUACAUACGCGCGUAGACCGAGUGUUUCUCGCGGUCGGUGUAGUCGGGCAGCGGUGUCUCGAUAGCAGGUAACGCCCGGGAGUGUACCCUCGACAGCCGCUCGUGGCGUUUGUCGCUUCACUCGCGAAGUGAACGUUCGAAGGAAAACGGAAUCGGGACGAAGGGGGAGGGGGUGGAGGAGCAGAAGCCUCGGUGGGAUGCGUUGUAGCGCGUGGGUCGCUCUUCUCAAUAUUCUCCCGCUGCGAGUACCCGGCGUGUUCGGUGAGGAGGAAAGGAAGAGAAGACGAGGGACAAAGAGAAGGAGAAAAUCGCGAGCGGGAGGGUAACCGUGCUCUCGGCGAGUUCUGCUCUCUCGCCGCCGCUCCGCGUUGGCGCGAAGUGCCGCGAUUAAAUGAGACGGGGCAGUACCUCGGCAAGUACUACGUUUUGUGCGCGGACAUGUCUUCUACGGAGACCUCCCUGAACGACGUGCCGAACGUCGCGUCGAGGUUGCAGAGCCUGCGUCUGACGGCGCAAGGUUAUCGAGAGCCUGCGGCUGGUGGCGAGGACGGCGACGUGACGGAUAACGCGGCGGCGACGUCGGCGGCAACGUCGGCGGCAGGAGGCUCGACCGGUCGCGACGGAAUCGGCGACGGAUCGUCGUCGCGGGAACCGCUACGAAACAUGCAGACCAUCGGCAAUGUCACCCUUUCCCGAGCACGGCGCGCGCUCAACUUCGUCUGCGACGAAGAGCAACCGACGAGCUCGUCCGCUGCCCGAAGCGAGGCCUCGUUCUCGAACGGCGAUAACCGGCCACCGACUAACGCGGCGAAUACAUCGUAUUUGGAGGGCCGGUCGCAGAAUAACGUCGCCUUAGAGAACUCUUCCACGCAUAAUCAACCCGCGGCCACAUAUAAUUGGCAGGGUACAAAGGCAACGAUGCGCGAGAGGAUCGUGUUUCUGUUCAAUAACGAGAUACUGUCGGAUGUUAGUUUCCUAGUGGGAAGAGGAGCGCAACGGCAACGUAUACCGGCACACAAACUAGUCCUGUCCUCUGGAAGCGCCGUGUUCGACGCAAUGUUUAACGGAAUGUUCGCGACAGCUUCUUCGGAAAUAGAAGUACCUGAUGUGGAACCCGCUGCAUUUUUGGCAGUGCUCCUUUUUCUAUACACCGACGAGAUACAGAUAGAUCCUGAAACUGUGAUGACAACGCUGUACACCGCUAAGAAGUACGCGGUGUCCGCGUUGGAGAAGCAUUGCGUUGAUUUUCUAAAGAAUAAUUUAACCAGUGAUAACGCUUUCCUGCUCUUAACGCAAGCACGUCUGUUCGAUGAGCCGCAAUUAGCCUCGGUGUGUUUGGAUACCAUUGACCGAUUCACGACCGAGGCGCUCAAUGCGGACGGCUUCACGGACAUCGAUAUCGACACGCUGAUGGUAGUCUUGGAAAGAGACACUCUGCGCGUUAGGGAAUCUAAGCUGUUCCAAGCUGUUUUAAGGUGGUCAGAGGCGGAAUGCGUGAGGCAGCAGUUACCAGUCACUCCGGAAAAUCAACGUCAAGUCUUGGGCAACGCUCUAUCCUUGGUUCGUUUCCCGCUUAUGUCGAAAGAAGAAUUCACGGCUGGCCCGGCGCAAUCUGGCUUGUUGAAUUAUUCAGAGGUCCUAUCUUUAUUCACGUACUUCAUACUGAAUCCUAAGCCUUUAGUGGGAUUUCAAACGAUGCCGCGGUGUUGUAUGACGGGCAAGGAGCAGACCGUGUGCAGGUUUCAGCAUACCGAGAGCAAAUGGGGAUACAGCGGAACCAGCGAUCGCAUCCGAUUCAGCGUGGACAGGCGUAUCUUUCUGAUCGGCUACGGGGUUUACGGUAGCAUGCAGAAACCAGCGACAUACGAGGCGUCGGUGGAAUUGAUUCACACGGCGUCGGGUAAAGUGAUAGCUACAAAUGCAACAAGUCUCAGCUGUGAUGGUUCAAAGUACACGUACCGUCUAAUGUUCAAAGAAUUAGCGGAAAUCUUACCAAAUACGAUUUAUACCGCGUCGACUACAUUCAAGGGGCCAUUUUCAUAUUAUGGCACAAAGGGAUUACGCACGGUGAUGGUGGAUUGCGAUUCAGGAAAUGGGAAAGUCAAGUUCGAAUUUAGCAACGAGACGGGAGAUAAUAAUGGCACAUCCAUCGACGAAGGUCAAAUUCCCGAGCUUAUCUUUUACACAUAAUGUAUAAUAACGACAUUCCUCACAUACUUGCUUGGCUGGCUCUAUCAGAAAGAUGAAUUAAAUUAUGUUCAACUAUGGAAAGUACAUGCCAGAUUUUGGCAAUUGUGCAUAUCUUGUGAUCAUUUCAAGCAGCGCUCUGAUUUAAGUAAUCCGCGAACAUGCCAAAGGAGUUUAUCCAGAGAUAUCCGUCAUAAUUUUAUCUAGAUAAUGCCUAUUCAGUUUUAUUAUAUAACAGGGUUUUGCCGAUCGAAAAAUCCGUGACAUUCAAAAGUAUAUAAAUUGUAUGCAAGCGUUUGCAACAUAUAUCAGUGAUGCUAAUGAUACGCAUUGUGAUUCCUCGGCAAAUAUUAGAGAGAACAAUCGUUCGUCUUUCAUGAAAUUCAAAUAUUAAAAUCAUUUGAUUCACGCAACUGUAGUAGACAUAUGUUAAUUAUAUUAAUUAAUUAUACAAGUAAGAUCAAUGUUUGUAGAAUUGGAGAUGUGCAAUCUAUUUUUCUAUCGUUUUAAUUGAGAUCUGUGUAAACCAAAAAUAUAGUUGUAUAACAACGUUAAAGGAUCAUGACAAAGUACAAGCGAGAUCAAUCAUGUGCACUCUCAUUUCGCCUAAAUAUUUCGCUCUGAGUACCUAUGCGGUGGAUAUAAUUUGAAAUUGUAAGAAGGUAAAACGUACGGCACUCUUCAAUGCAAAAAUAAUUACGCAAUAAAGCCUAAAAGCAUGUGGAAUAUUUUUUAGUAAAAGUUAGUAUUUUUGGUAGUCACAAUGUGCAGAUUUAGAACCUGGAAACUCUACGAUUCCUGUUACUAUAACUAAGUACGAGAAAAUAGUCGAACGAAAGUAAUAUAACACCACUUUAAAUCAUUCUCUAGUAAAAUAAUAUCUUUAUCUAUUUAUUCACACAUAUACACACACACACACACAAGUUUAAUAUAUAUACAUAAA